AUGCCCAAUCAUGCAUGUGGUAGAGAUGCAGGCGCAGUCACCAUAUCAAUUCAUGAGUACAACACGUUGCUCGACACUGGCCGCAAAUACCACGCUCUGAGGCAGGCACUGUUGACAGGAGGAGCUACCAGCGAGUCGCUAGAUGUCUUGAUCAGCAGCUGUUCUCUACCAACGCCUGACCUCACUCCAAAUGACAGUCCAAUCGACGAACCAACGCCAGACCGGUCUGGUAUGUCGGAUUGGACUCCUGCACCCACUGCUCGCCCUUUCGUCCCUCGAGCGACCCGAAGCACCACCUCGAACCGUCACCAGAACCUAUCUGCCCUACCAACUACCCACGAUCCGUCCAAUCCGUGUUCUCCCGAAGUUGCCCGUGCCGACGGAAGCGUGUUGGGCCAGCUAACAGAAGACGCUCAAGAAACUGAGAACGCCUGCAGCGAAAACACUACCGACAAGCGCUCUCUGGUCAUCACUGGGCUACCGCCAGCCACAACGCUCCAGAGAGUUGCGAAGCUGCUGAAAGGUGGCGCGAUCUUGCAGAUGUACCUGAGCAAGCGACAUUGUUCUGCUCAUGUGAGCUUCGUCGAUCCUAUCUCGGCUGAGAGCUUCCUUGAGUAUGCGCAAACUAAUGAGAUCGACAUACAAGGGAAAAAGCUAACGGUUAGCUGGGACGACCAACAGAGGUUUAUCAAGCCACAUUUGGCAAACCUCAUCGCUUUCUCCGGGCUCACACGCAACCUUGUGAUCCGCUUUGCGAAAGAAGAGUGGACGGCACAGGACAUCCGGGAGGACCUUGAACACAUCCACCAGCUGCAGAUUGUCGAUCUCUUCUUCCGCAACGGCCAUGCCUACCUUUCUCUGAACAGCAUCCAGCACGCUCUAACUGCCAGGACCUGUAUGCACUCGCAGUUGAAGUACAAGAGAUUGAAAAUCGAUUCUUGGCCUGAUGAUUGCGCUCAGCCACUCCCGGAUCCGCCAAUCAAGCAACCACAGUACCUACUGCCUGUUCAGCCAGCCGCAGUGCACCGAAACCGUUUCACGCCGCUUUACCCCGGAACUGAAGAGAACCAAGAAGCGCCCUGGAUAUGA